AUGGCGGCUAAGCUUCUAUUUAAUUGCACGAACAAGAUGGACGAAUACGAAGCUUGUAUUCUUGUUUUGAAAAUGGCCAUCGACAUGAAUGUCUAUGAGUUGUUGGUUAUUGGGGGAUUCAGACCUUUUAAUUCAUCAAGUUCAAGGAGAGUGGGCUGUAAAGAAUCCAAAGAUUAUACCUUACGUAAAGUACCUGCAGAAGUUGUGCAAAAGAUUUGUUUGAUCGAGUUCAGACAUACUCCUAGAAUACAAAAUGAAUUGGACGAUGCUCUCGCCACCAUCGCUUCGACGAUUAAGCAUCCGGAUACAGAUUAUAUCGAUCCAUUGGAUAAAGAGCUGAAAGAACAUCCAGUCCAUUGUUCUCAUGUUGAAGCAGAACCAGACGGUUUGCCUUGGUUUUUUGAUAUAAAGAAGUAUUUGGAGUCUGGAACUUAUCCCGAAGAUGCUACGUCCAAUCAGAAGAAGUCGGUACGGCGUAUGACUCUCAAUUUCUUUCUAAGUGGAGAAGUCUUUUAUAGGAGGACUCCAGACUUGGGUCUUCAAGAUGCAUUGAUGCCGUCGAAGCUGCGAGGCCUUUUAAACAGAUACAUGCCGGAGUUUGUGGCACGCAUAUGA